UGCCGCGGAAACGAGACCAAGAUGGCGGCGCCCAGGGCCAGGAGCGGGAGCUGAGGUGUGACCCAGGCUGUGACCCCUUUCUCAGUGACAUCCACUGCUCUGACCCCUGCUUUUGUGACCGGUAGAGCCUGAGGUCACCCAAAUGUGCCCUGGUAGGCAACAUUAGCAGAUAUCGUAAUGUUAAGAAUGCAGUCGCUUUGUCAGAGAGUUGGCACUUGUUCCUUCUCUUUGAAGAGACAACUAAAUGGCUUCCCGGGAUUAAUUAAAUGGCAGAGAAGACUGAUUCCUGCUUGUGUCAGAACUAUUUACAGUGAGACGGGGAAAUGGGAAAAAAGCUAUGGGUUAGAGACAAGAAAAAGAGUUGAAAAAUGGUGGCUCCCAAGAAUAAAGGAUCAGUUCUGCAGAAUUUCAGAAACUGAUAAAUCAAGACCAAAAUUUUAUGUGCUUUCUAUGUUCCCAUAUCCUUCUGGAAAGCUUCACAUGGGCCAUGUUCGUGUCUACACCAUCAGUGAUGCAGUAGCUCGGUUCCAGAAAAUGAGAGGGAGGCAGGUGAUAAAUCCAAUGGGAUGGGACGCAUUUGGUUUACCAGCAGAAAAUGCUGCAGUUGAACAUGGGCUUCACCCUGCAAGCUGGACACAAAGUAAUAUUCAACACAUGAGGGAGCAGUUUGAUGCACUAGGUCUGUCUUUUACAUGGGAAAGGGAAGUAACCACUUGCUCACCAGAAUACUACAAAUGGACGCAAUAUCUCUUUCUUAAGCUUUUUGAAGCUGGGAUAGUAUAUCAAAAAGAGGCCUUGGUUAAUUGGGAUCCAGUGGACCAGACAGUUCUAGCUAACGAACAGGUGGAUAACACUGGUUGCUCAUGGCGUUCAGGAGCAAAAGUGGAACAGAAAUACCUCAAACAGUGGUUUAUCAAAACUACUGCUUAUGCAAAGGCUAUGUUUGAUGCUUUGUCUGAUCUCCCUGAGUGGUAUGGUAUAAAAGAAAUGCAAGCAAAUUGGAUAGGUGACUGCGUUGGAUGCUUUCUUGACUUUUUGAUAAAAGUUAAUGGUAAAGUAACAGGAGAGAAGCUAGCGGCUUACACCUAUACGCCUGAAGCCAUUUAUGGAGCUUCCCAUUUAUAUAUUUUACCGACUCACAGACUGCUGCAUGGGGAUAGCAGUCUCAAGGAAGUCUUUCAGAGGGAGUUCAUCCCAGGGAAAGACUCACUUACUUCAGUGACAGCUGUGAAUUUGCUUACCAAUCAGGAGAUUCCUGUAGUCAUCUCAGCAAAAAACAAUUUAGAGAAUUUUCUUGAUACUAAAAUAGGAAUUCCUAGUACUAGUGCAGAAGAUGCUGCAGUAGCUACGAGUUUGGGGAUUUCUUUCACUGAAGUCAUUGAGACGUUGCCAAAUGGUUUGGAGAAAAUCAUUAAUUCGUCAGAGAUCACAGGCAUGACUCGGCAGGAGGCUCUAAAAGCUAUUACUCAGCAGGCCAAAAAUAAAAAAAUAGGUGGAGACCUAACAAGUGACAAGUUAAGAGACUGGUUAAUAUCUCGGCAGCGGUACUGGGGAACACCUAUUCCUAUCAUUCACUGCCAGACGUGCGGCACUGUCCCCGUACCUUAUGAAGACUUACCUGUGGUGCUGCCCAGUGUAGCCACCUUCACAGGGAAGGGAGCUUCACCUUUACAAACAGCUCCAGAAUGGGUGAACUGUUCCUGUCCGAGGUGUAAGGCAGCAGCACGGCGAGAAGUUGAUACCAUGGAUACAUUCGUUGAUUCCGCUUGGUACUACCUGAGGUACACUGACCCUCACAACGUGGACAGGCCCUUUAAUAGUGACUUAGCAGACUACUGGAUGCCUGUGGAUUUGUACAUCGGAGGAAAGGAGCAUGCAGUUAUGCACUUAUUCUAUGCGAGGUUUUUCAGCCAUUUUUGCCAUGAUCUAAAGAUGACAAAACACAAGGAGCCUUUCCAUAAGCUCUUGGUUCAAGGUCUUAUCAAGAAUCAGACAUUCAGACUAUCAACAACAGGCCAGUGCUUGAAGAGAGAGGAGGUUGAUCUCACUGGAACUGAACCAGUUCACCUAAACACUGGUGAGAAGCUUCAAGUUGCUUGGGAAAAAAUGAGCAAAUCUAAGCACAAUGGAAUAGACCCUGAAGAAUUAGUCCAACAGUAUGGCAUCGACACCCUACGUCUUUACAUUUUGUUUGCUGCUCCUCCAGAACAAGAUAUUUUGUGGGAUACUAAAACUGAUACUAUGCCAGGUGUUCAGAGAUGGCAGACGCGCCUCUGGAUGCUUGUAACCAAACUCAUUGAAGCAAGGACCUCAGGAACCAUGCCCAAUCCUGAGCUUCUGAGUAAGAAGGAGAAGGCUGAAGCCAGAAGGAUAUGGGAGCGGAAGAAUCUGGUGAUUUCUGAGGUAACAGAGAACUUCACAAAAGAUCAUUUGUUCAAUGCAGCUAUUUCCCGAUUGAUGGGCCUCACUAAUGUACUCCAUCAAGCUUCUCAGCCUCUUAUUCUCCACAGCACAGAAUUUGAAGAUGCUUUGGCUUCACUCUGCAUUAUGGUUGCACCUAUGGCUCCGCACAUUGCAUCAGAGAUGUGGAAAGGUUUGGCACAUAUGCAGAAUAAACUUUGUCCUCAUCAUCACUGGAACGUUGAUGUGCUGCAUCAGUCCUGGCCUGAAGUAGACCCAAAAUACCUUCAGCCAUCAGAUGUUGUGGAGAUGUCUGUUCUGAUCAAUAACAAAGCUUGCGGCAAAGUUUUUGUGCCUCAGCAAGCAUCCCGCAAUUUUGAAGAAGUCCACGAGCUAAUUCUUCAAAGUGAACUUGGAGUCAAGCAUCUCCAGGGACGGACCAUUAAAAAGGCCUUUCUGUCUCCCAGAACUGCCCUUAUCAACUUCUUAGUGCAAGAAUAGCAAAGGCUUUGCUGGGGGUGUAAAAGGGAACUGGAAUCUUUCGAGAUGAAACCAAUUCAGAAAUACCAGUUAUGGUUAUUUAAAUCUCAUGUAACGGUGGGGAAGAAAUGUUAUUAAAAUCAGAUUGCUGCUAAAUCUUCAUUUCAACGUGAAGAAAAGCACAGAAUUAAAGUUUCUUAUCAAGUCACGGUAAGGUGCUAUUUUUCUGUAUUUUCUGGGAGAAUGAGAAGGAAGCACAGAAGAUUGUAACAGAAUGUAAAUGGUGUAAAGCGCAUGGGGUUUAGUGUCAGUCUCAUUAAUAUAUCUUAUCAGAAAGUUGACUUGGCUAAAUGCAGAGGCAUAAAUACGAUUCAAGGACUAAACAACUGACCUGAGCAUGUGCUACACCAAAACGUUAGGUGUGCUACAGUCAGUCUUUGCUCCCUAUACCUCAUGUUUGGGUACCCUACCAUUAACUAACAUUUUAAGUUGUAAGGAAACAUUAUUGCAGAGUGUUAAUUUAAAAAAAGAUUUCUUUAGCACUGGCAGGUGGCCUUGGGCACAGCAGGUAGCCAGAAUGAGGUGGUUUGAUACAUUUCACAUAUGUUUCAGAGCCAAGCCAAGAAAAAGGUCAGAGUACUUAGCCAAGCCCUGCCUUAGCCAGGAUCCUCCUUCCUUGCUGGCAUAUUUCUGAUGGCUCAUACAUGAGAAGUUCAACUUCAGCAAAGUGCCAGCGGUUGCUUCUGCACGGAAUAGACUAGAAGUUACUUCCUUUGCAUGAGCUAUUUCAGAGACUUUUGAAGGAUUCAAUAAAGAGAUGAGUCGGCUGCUGGAAAUACAGCAGUGGAGAAGGCAGACAGCAUGCUUUUUGCCUCUACUCUUAGUUCUUAUAGUGCCUAGAUCAUAAAACUUGAAUCGAAAUUCUUUUGUUUUUUUUCUGAGGCGUUCAUUAAGUGGAAAUAGCCAUCAUGUUUCUAAAAAUCAAUCAGACUUUCAUAAAACACAAAGCCAUUCUCACACUUCAUUUCAACCAUUUUAUUUGUACACUGCAUUGCUGUUAUAUCCACAUGGAAAUGUUUAUUGUAUUUAGCAAAUGCUUGAGAAAGGGUUUCCAAAGAAACAAUUACAGGGUUCAUUGUGUAAGAAUGUCUUUUCUUUAACAGCCUUUAAACUAAGCAGUCCAAUAAACCAGCCAUUUAUGAGCCAUUCUGACAGUCGGCAACCAGCUAGGCAAAUACGGAGGUCUGUAUUGACCCUCUAGCCCCACAGUCACCCAGACUCUCUGUUAGAUCAAAAGGAAAGCAACAAAAGUCUCCCACGUAACAGUAAAUAAGUUCAGUAGAUCCUAAGCAACUGGUGUAAGUACCAGCUAAGCAAAACCAAUAUUCACUUUGGGUUUAUGCAUUUUUGGUACCAAACAUAUAGCUACAUAACAGAAAUGUCAGGCUCAGUGAGCAGGUUUGGCUCUACACGCCCCUACUUCUGCAACAAAACUCUUCUGAUUUCUGCUUCCUCCUGCACCACACUUGUGCAGAUUUUCUCUCCAGCAGUCCUUUGACACAAGAAUGACUAAGAAAUUGAAUAUUUAUAAUGAAGACACGGUCUUUGCAGUUUUAAGACUCCCAAAAAUCUCAGCCACAAAGGAAUGCAUUCAGACAUUCAAACACAGGCCUUUAGUUGGAGUUAAAAUAAUUUGAAUUCCAGUGCCUGCCUGACAUAUAUGUUGUUAUAAAUUCAUAAAACUCCUGUUCAGAAGCCCCUAAAAGGACUGUGAAAGAGAUCCUUUAAAGUAAGACCUGUAGCACAGCUCAGUCCUGUUUUUUUUUUUCUAUAUAAAAGUUUAACACACCCUGUGGAACCAUUUUGACAGAGAUUUUCUUUGGGGGAAAGGUGACAUGUUUGGUGCAAAUAAAAACGUCUAAAAUUUACACGGAUGAAGAAGAUGUUGUAAGCCCAGCAGCCCUACGGUGCCUUUAAACAAAAGCUGCAGUCACUCCAGGGCUGAGCAGCAGCCCACAAUGUUUAUUGCUGUUAGCACUGGCGGGUAUUUGCUCUUGCCGGAGGAAGUGAAUUGUACAUGUCACUUGGUGAUUCAGGCAAAAAUCAAAAUAAGGAAUGGACUUCUACAGGCUAAAAAAGGAAAGGUAGUGAACAGCAGUUGAUAACAAGUGCAUGGUCAGAAGUCAUGCCAGUGUGUUUACAGUAAGUUGAAAUUCAGUGUGGUCUAGGGAAUACAAAAUGGUGGUGAAAGAGUGAGUGAGAGAGGUGAUACAGAAAGUCUGCCAGAGCCUAAUCCCCUGGUAAGCGUAUGUUUGAAAGAUGGCAGUGGUGCCAGCUGUGGAGUUGUGCAGUCGUCCUGAUAGCUGCUGACACUUCUUAGGAGGUUGACCUGCUCUGAAGCACGACUCAUUUGUCUUAUGAUAAUUGUGACUCACAGGUUUGGUCUGUGCCUAGAUGGGACUGGUACUGAUACACAGGCUGUAGCCUGUUACCAAGCCUUUUUAAAAUAACUUAUCACAGAUGCUUCUUGUUUAUUUAACAGUGGUACAGAUGCAUCUUUAUGCUGAAGGUGGAACAAAGCGUUAUCACAGAUUGUGUGCCCUUGAAGAGUUCAGUGGCUAAAUACUAUGAAAGUUUUAAAUCUGGGAGGGGAUACUUGAGAAGUGUGAAGGAAAGGUGCUGAUGGGCGAUCAAUCGAAUUGCACUGCGUUUGUCACACAUAUUAAAAUAGAUACGAUGCCACUGUCCCUUGUGAAGUGAUGAGCCAAAGAAGAUGUGGGAGAUUUGCUAAACCCAGUGGAUAGACCUGGGACAAACUACUCCAAGAAAGGGAUUCACGACACGUCAGGGGCAUUUUCUGUAUCCUGUCACUCAAGGUGGUGGAAGACUGGUCAGGGCACUGAUCCAGACUAUAUCAAAUUUCCAUCUUAAGUAAUAUAAAAUUAAAAAAAAAAUAUACUGGCACAAUUUCUACCCCAAAAUUGUUCAUGCAGCUGAAUUUCCAUAAAGUCCAGCCUUCAAACAUUGAUUCUGGAAGUAUAAAAAUUGGCAAAGUCCUGAAAGGUCACUAAGUACUUUUCCAAUGCCAUUGAUUUCAUGAGAAAGGAUCUCAUAUGCUGAGGUGAUGGGAGCACUGAACUGUGCUGGAAGACACCACCAUGUAGAAAAGCGUGCGAUUAGGCAUGGGUGUUUCAUAGUCCUGCCCAGUGACUGUGGUGUCAUGAAUGUGCCAGUGCUGCUUUGCAGUAAGGCAGUAGGGCUUUUUACAUCGUGUUAAGGAACAAGGUUACAGCUUAGGUCACUAGCUAAGGCAGUUCUCUGGCCAGGUUGUGCCACCUAUGCUUCCAAAAAAAAAAACCUACACAAGGGCACUGCUGAACAAGCAUGUAUUUUUCCAUGCCCUUCAGCAGAAUCCAGGCAUGGAGAUUUGGUGCAAAAUAAAAUCUGUGCGCUCUCUUGGUGGUUUACCGGAUUAAAGUAAUGCCUCAGAACUGACAUGUGUUUAAUGAUGGCUUUUUCUGAUCUGACUUUGUAAAAGCCUGAUUGUUUCUUCUGGAGGGAGAAAUUCCACAGAUAAUACAGGUCAUACAAUCUCUCUUUCUUUGUCUCUCCUUCCAUAUAAAGCCUCACAGAAAGCUAUUCCUCUUCCCUAAACUUUUUACAAUCACUAGAACUAGAAAGAAUGUUAAUUAGAGUUUUGCUGGUUGUUCCUUCCUAGGGAGGUCUGAAGUACAUAAUUUUUUUCGAAAAGCUUAGCUAUAAAUGAAGACGGGGAGAAAUCACUGGGUUUUUUUCUAGUUUUGCAAUACUUACUACAGUUUACAGAGAGGGGAUUGGCUUUAUUUAUGUGUAUUUAUCAACUUGGAAGAGCACAUAUGCUGGUUUUGAUGGAUGCUUUCUCUGCUUGUUUAUUUCUUCAGUCCCCAGCUAUUACAAUCUGAGCUGAUUUUGUAUCAAAGGGCUGUGCUGUAAGAGAAGUGUUGACUUUGAAGCCAGGUCUAUCCCCAGAACCCAAGUGGUGAAUAUAAGCAUUAGCCCACUGACUUCUACCCAUCCAGGUAAUGUCUGCUUUUGACUUUAAAAAAUGUUGCUAGAACUACAGCUUUUUUUUUUUUUUUUUUUUAAUGGAAAUGGGGUUUAGGUCUCAAAGAAGAAGCAUGAAGCUGAUCACAAUAGACCAGAGGCUGUUUUUAGCACGUCCCAGCCAUAGCAGGAGGAGAGCUGAACUGGAGCAUUAUCUCUGCACAAGAGGGGACAGGAUCAGAGCUCUCAUCUGCAGCCCAGAUGAUAAAAGAGAUCUUGCCUGACAUGCGGAGGAAAGGUGGGAUUUUUUUUCCCUUUCCUGAAUAAAGUGGCUUUCCGGUACCACAAAA